AUGCCAAUACUGCACCGCUCACCAUGGAAGCACCUGGAACAGUUGCAGCAGCGAAAUGCUCUGUUGAAAUCCUCUUCUCUGUUUCGAUAUUUCAUGUUAUUGGCCUUUGAAGCGGGAGGGCUCCUGAGGGCCAUAGUGUUGGUUCUAUUAUACCCUUUUGUUUGUGUAGUAGGAAGCGAGAUGGGGUUGAAUAUAAUGGUGAUGACAUGCUUCUUCGGGAUGAAAGCAUCAAGCUUCAGAGUGGGACGCUCCGUGCUGCCAAAAUUCUUGUUGGAAGACGUUGGUGCUGAAAUGUUUUAUGGCCUCGGUUAUUCAAAAAACCGAGGCCUAAAGUGGCUCAAUGGCCUCGGUCGAAGGGGACUCGAAGCCAAAGGCGGCGGCGCUGAUGAAAAUUUUAAAUUAGGGAAGAAUCAGGUUAAGAAGGUUUGUGAUGUCGCUGCUGAGAACCUCUCCUCAGACAUUUGGGCAUGGAGGAAAUAUGGACAGAAACCCAUCAAAGGGUCACCAUAUCCAAGAUAUUACAGAUGUAGCAGCUCAAAAGGAUGUUUAGCGAGGAAACAAGUGGAGAGGAACAGAUCGGACCCAACAAUGUUCAUAGUGAGAUACACCGGUGAACACAACCACCCUGCUCCGACUCAUAAAAGCUCCCUUGCUGGCUCCACGCGCUACAAACCUCAGACCGGUGGAGACACAGCCGCCACAAAAGCGAUUUCUCCGGCGACCUCAUCAGACGUGGCACAGCACAGUACGAAGUCAGAGUGCACAGAAGAGGAGUUGGAAGAUCUGAUGAAGGAUGAUGAAGAAGCAAAUGAAUUAGAGUUAACCGAAACAGUGGUAUCAGAUGAUUUCUUUGAAGGGUUAGAGGAACUGACAGGGUCUGCCACUGAUCCCUUUACAGCUAGUAGCAGCAUUGAUCGGUGGCCACUGUCCAAUAAUGCUACCACUGCCGCUGGUGGUAGCUGACUCACGCUUUUCAUUGUAGACAAUACCAACUUUUUUCUUUGAGGGGUAGAGGAACAUGUUGGUGCAUUUUCGAGGAAUCUUAACUAACAAUGCUUUGUGAAAGGGAGAAAGUUCUUCCCAAGUACAUAGUGAAAGUGUAGAAUUAGGCAUUCAUAAAAUUUGUCAAAGUUGGUGAUUGUUAGCCAUACCUCUGAUAAUGUGAAAUCAAUUUGUUUCCAUAGCUUUUUAU